AGCCUUCAAAGACCGAGUCUUGCCUUCAUUCGUCACUCCACCGCUAGAGGCGCCACACAGCCGUCAUUACAUCAUCCUACGGCUAGAGGCGCUGCAGCACAAGCGCGCACUCGACGCGCGCUCCUCUACCUCUCCUCACGGCAUUCCACAGCUGAUGAUGAGAGAGAGGGAGAUGCUACGGAAAUGUUUUCCCUCACGGGUCUGUGAGCCGCAGCAAACAACAGAAUGCAGGUGAAAUGUCCCACAGGAAGAGCGUGGAUCAGAUGAUGGCAGUUAACCAGGAUGGCCAGAUAUCAUCACGAAGUUUACAGUAGCUCAAAUGAAAAUUUUUUAGGACUGUUAAAGUAAAACGUCAACUUCUGCAAAUGGAUGUGUCUUCCUCCAGAGCUCAAUAUAUUGAAGACGUCUCCACUUUUGAACUGCAUUUCCAAACAGUGGAAAUCAUAUAGAUGACGACAGCCUUCAACGUCAGUGUCCAUUUAGAAAACUGUGAACUUUUUUGACGCAAUCCUAACGGUUUAACCAGUAUAACCAUAAAAAGUCUUGAGUAUUCUUGGAGUGCUAAGGAGCUCAAGAUGUUUACCGCUCUGAAGAAGCUGGUCGGCUCUGAAGCUGCGCAGCUCAGGGAUAGAAAUAUUCCUGCAGGCCUGCAGUCCAUGAAUCAGAGUCUACAGAGACGCUUCGCCAAGGGCGUACAAUACAACAUGAAAAUAGUGAUCCGUGGAGACAGGAACACGGGUAAAAGUGCCCUUUGGCACCGACUGCAAGGGAAAAAGUUUUUGGAGGAGUACAUUCCCACCCAGGAGAUUCAAGUUACCAGCAUUCACUGGAACUACAAAACAACAGAUGAUGUUGUGAAGGUUGAAGUCUGGGAUGUGGUUGAUAAAGGGCAAAAGGUUCCUCUCCCAGAGGCUGUAGGGAAAGGGAAACGGCGUGGAGAGAAUCUGAAACUUGAAAAUGAACCUCAAGAGUCAGAUACAGAGCUGGCUCUUGAUGCAGAGUUCCUGGACGUCUACAAGAACUGUAAUGGUGUGAUCAUGAUGUUUGACAUCACUAAACAGUGGACAUUCAACUACAUCCUUCGGGAGCUACCAAAAGUGCCAACACACAUCCCAGUGUGUGUACUGGGAAACCAGCGCGACAUGGGCGAACACAGAGUUAUCUUACCUGAUGACAUCAAAGACUUUAUCAAUAGUCUGAACAGACCUCCAGGCUCCUCCCACAUCCACUAUGCAGAGUCCUCCAUGAAGAAUGGCUUUGGUCUGAAAAACCUCCAUCGCUUCUUCAACAUACCCUUCCUUCAGCUGCAGAGGGAAACGUUGUUACGACAAUUAGAGACAAAUCAACUUGACAUUGAUGCCACACUGGAGGAGCUUAGCGUUCAACAGGAGACAGAAGACCAAAACUAUGACAUAUUUCUUGAAGUGAUGGAGACUCGUAAAGCGUAUGGCUCUCCAGCGCCCUCUAAUGGCCAGAGUCCGUCCUCGGGUUCCCAGUCACCUGUGGUGCUGCCAGGAGCCGCCUCACCCAAUAACUCCAGCCCCAGUACUCCACAGGCCCCUCCCACCGGCCACACCCAAUCUGCACCUCCACCUCCUGCAUCUAUACCCCACCCUGCUGCCCAGACAUCAGCUGUUCAUCUACCACAGACCCAGACAGCAUCACAAACCCAAGAGCCUCCAGCCGCUGCACCGAUGCCCACUGCAGCUCCAGCAGCACCUCCUGUACAGAAACGAGGAUUCAUGUCACGUCUGUUUGGAUCCUCCGUAGCAGAGACCUCACCAGACAAAUCAGAUACUAUAGGCUCUGAUGGCCCUAAGCCUUCUGGAUAUGUUCAAAGCGUGGAUGAUUUUGUGCCGGAUGUCAGCUUGCAGCGAAGUUUUCUGGAAGAUGGUGGAACAUCAGCGGUUAAAUCAAAGAGCAAACCUACAGGAUCUGCUCCAAUCCUGGAUAGUGACAGUGAUGGAGAAGGACGGGGAAAUCCUUUGGUUUCUGGUUUCCAGGAUGAUUUAGAUCCAGAUGACCGAGCACCGUGUCAGCCUGCUGUUAAAGCGGCUGUGCCGAGCAUCGGUGUCACCCUCACAAGUGAUGAAGAGGAGGAAGAUUCAUCUCUACCGUCAGCUCCCCACAACAUCACACUGAACACAAAUAAAUCUUUAGUGAACUCUGUCAGAGAGCAGCAAACCUGGUCAAAAGCAGCCGAGAGAUCCCAAAACACAAGACCUGCGCUGCAGCCACUCGGUCAGAAGAUAGGGGGUGCUGACUCUGAUUCAGAUCAUGAGGCUCCUGGCGCUACUCAGAUGCUGUCAUUUGUCAUGGAUGACCCAGACUUUGAAAGCGAAGAGAUUUUACCCAAAAUCAAGAAGGAGGCUUUUCCAGCACCAGAUGAUGAACUUGAUGGAUCUGAUGAUGGUUUUGUGUUAACUGGACAUCCAGAGCUGCACAAACCUGCUAGCUGCUCGUUCAAAGGUCUCAACAGUGACAUUGAUCUCUUUGGCCUGGGGUUUGAAGAUACGACGCCUAAGAGCAAAGACAGCAGUGAAGACCCAGAUGAGAACGAGAGCAGACACUCCACCAAAGACAAGAAGAAGAAGAAAAAGAAAAGCAAAGACGAGGAUGAAAAAAGCAGCAAGAAACGACACAAACACAAGAAAAAGGAAAAAGAAGAGUCUGGAACAGGGGAUGAGAAAGAAAAGAAGAAGAAGAAAUCAAAGAGCAAGAAAUCAGGAGCUGUGGAUGAUCUGGAGGCGUUCCUCGCCGGGGACGGGCCGGUAAACAGUGAGGGCGGAGACUAUGAAGAACUCUAGAACUUCAACUAACCAAUCAGGGUUUGACAUCAUCACUGACUGUGUGACAUCAUCAGGUCCAUUCAUUCAUAGCACUUUUCUUUUGCAGUGCCUAACCUUGGCAGCGUUUUGUUCUUCCAGCAUCACAGCUUUAGGUUGGGAUUUGGUGACAUUGGUUCACCUCACACCGUUUCCGUCGUUUCCGUUGGCCUAAAACUAAAGAUCUGUUUGUUAUGAACAGACCGAUUUCAUCUGCUGCUCCAGAGGUUUUACCUAAAACAAACAGAAACUGAGCUCUUUUACAACAAUACUUAAUGAGGUUAGGGAAAGUUUAGCUUUAGUUUAGUGUGUCUAUGUCUAUAUGUGUAUUGUGUGUUGUGUGAUGGCAUGCACGGAUGAUUGAAUGUCUUUCAUUUGUCAAAUGUCUAAAGUGGAUCUUCACACAAAUCUUCCACAUCCGGCCUUAUUCAUCAAAGACAAGCUGAAGGAUUAUUUUCAUUAUAAAGGCUUUCCUCUGGAAGUUUGCUAUUUACCAAUAAUUUACCCACAAAAAGAGUUUAUUAUUAGCGUGUGUGUUUGAAUAAUAUCUGAAUUGUGUUCAGUCAUUUACAGAUGAAUGCUUUUAUGUGUUUUAUGAAUCGAGGCCCAGAGUCACAUGAUGCUUAAUGUCUCUGAAGUCCCUCAAAUCAGUCAAUACUUUACAUUACUAGAUUCAAUUAUUGUCUAAUAAUACAAACCAGAAGGAAAUCCUUUCUACUAACCCUUAUUUCACACUCAGAACAUUUAAAACAAUGUUUCUUUAUCAUUUUGACAGAAUUGGUCAAUAUGUGCGUUUCUUUAGCUAUGUGUAGAUGUGUGGUGUGAAGUGUUUUAGAUGUGGACCAUCACCUAAUCUUCCUCCUCCUCAUCAUCAUCAAUGAACUCCAGGUAUUUUACAAAUGAAAGUCAACUGUGAUCUUAACCUGAUGGCUGUUUUAAACUCUUCUCAUUCAGUAACACUGCACUAUAGCCGACUUUAACAACAAAACAUAAAUAAUAUCUGUACAUUUGUAAAACAUGUGAUUGUGAAAAUAGCAUCAUAUUUUGAACCAACACAUUUCUACUAUGUAAUAUUUUGAAAGAUAUUUUGGCCUCAAAUCUGUUGAUGAAUGAAAUGAUAAAGAAGACAAAUGAUUGUUUCCUCUUAAUGAGACUCGUUUGUGUAACACAUUUAUGUGAAAUGUUCAGGAAAGAGUUUUAUUCUGCUGAUGUUUCAUAAAUGAGAAUCUGUGUUUACUUAGAACUAGGAUUACAAAAGGGGGGAAAGUUUUCGGUAAAUUUCCCGGAGACCUUUCAUAUUAACUUAUUCUGGGGAAUUUUGGAAAUAUUGGAAACUUGACAGGAAUUAUUUGGAAAUGUAUAUAAACUCUAUCAUAAACAAACCUGAGUUUGGUCAAUAGCAGACAGGCAUGCAAGGUAAUAAAAGAAUCCUGAAACUUACGCUCAUCAAGCUUUUUAUUUAUUUGAUCAAAAACAAUCCUUCAGAAAUCAUUCUUAUAUGAAUUUAAUCUGAAAGAUUUUUGAGCAAAUAAAUGCACCCUUGAUGAGCAUAAGAGACUUCUUUCAAAAACAUAAAAAAUACUAAGGUGUCCAAACGUUUGGGUACUUUUGUUAUGAUCUCACCUAAAUGUUUUCUCAGUUAGUAUUUGUCUUAACAGGGGUAUAAUGUUGUUGUACACUAGCUUACACACAGCACAAAGGCGUUUUAAACUAAUUAACGUAAUUUACAUGAAUACAUGCACGGAUGACCAUAUUGACAUUAUUAAAAAAUGAUCUGUUUAUUUUAUGUAUAAAUGUAAGUACAUGUAGGGGGUGUGGCCUCAAUGCUCCUUCAGUAAGCAGUGUGCUGUGUGUGAGGAAUGAGUAGGGGAGAAAUUCAAAUAAAAUUGCAUUAAAUCUUGUUGUUUUAAACAAAAAUUAUGCUGCAAGAUUUUCAAAUUCACAGUUUAUUUCCAUUCAUUCCCAUAUAUGUUCCCGUUAAUUUCUGUAUAUUUCCGUUAUUCCGAUAUGUUCCCGUUAAUUAUUGUAUAUUUCUGUUAUUCCCAUAUGUUUACAUUAAUUCCUGUAUAUUUCCGUUAAUUCCCAUAUGUUCCUGUUAAUUAUUGUAUAUUUCCUUUAAUUCCCAUAUGUUCACGUUCAUUCUUGUAUAUUUCCGUUAAUUCCCAUAUGUUCGCGUUCAUUCCUGUAUAUUUCCGUUAAUUCCCAUAUGUUCCCGUUAAUUAUUGUAUAUUUCCGGUUAAUUCCUGUAUAUUUCCGUUAAUCCCCAUAUGUUCCUGUUAAUUAUUGUAUAUUUCUGUUAUUCCCAUAUGUUUACAUUAAUUCCUGUAUAUUUCCGUUAAUUCCCAUAUGUUCCUGUUAAUUAUUGUAUAUUUCCUUUAAUUCCCAUAUGUUCACGUUCAUUCUUGUAUAUUUCCGUUAAUUCCCAUAUGUUCGCGUUCAUUCCUGUAUAUUUCCGUUAAUUCCCAUAUGUUCCCGUUAAUUAUUGUAUAUUUCCGGUUAAUUCCUGUAUAUUUCCGUUAAUUCCCAUAUGUUCCUGUUAAUUAUUGUAUAUUUCCUUUAAUUCCCAUAUGUUCACGUUCAUUCUUGUAUAUUUCCGUUAAUUCCCAUAUGUUCGCGUUCAUUCCUGUAUAUUUCCGUUAAUUCCCAUAUGUUCCCGUUAAUUAUUGUAUAUUUCCGGUUAAUUCCUGUAUAUUUCCGUUAAUCCCCAUAUGUUCCUGUUAAUUAUUGUAUAUUUCCUUUAAUUCCCAUAUGUUCACGUUCAUUCCUGUAUAUUUCCGUUAAUUCCCAUAUGUUCGCGUUCAUUUCUGUAUAUUUCCGUUAAUUCCCAUAUGUUCCCGUUAAUGAUUGUAUAUUUCCGGUUAAUUCCUGUAUAUUUCCGUUAAUUCCCAUAUGUUUGUGUUAAUUCCUGUAUAUUUCCGUUAAUUCCCAUAUGUUCCCUUUAAUUAUUGUAUAUUUACGUUAAUUUCCAUAUGUUCCGGUUAAUUCCCAUAUGUUCCCAUUAAUACCUGUAUAUUUCCUUUAAUUCCCAUAUGUUCACGUUCAUUCCUGUAUAUUUCCGUUAAUUCCCAUAUGUUCCCGUUAAUUAUUGUAUACUUCCGGUUAAUUCCUGUAUAUUUCCGUUAAUUCCCAUAUGUUCCCAUUAAUUAUUGUAUAUUUCCGGUUAAUUCCUGUAUAUUUCCGUUAAUUCCCAUAUGUUCGUGUUAAUUCCUGUAUAUUUCCGUUAAUUCCCAUAUGUUCCCUUUAAUUAUUGUAUAUUUCCGUUAAUUUCCAUAUGUUCACGUUCAUUCCUGUAUAUUUCCGUUAAUUCCCAUAUGUUCACGUUCAUCCUGUAUAUUUCCGUUAAUUCCCAUAUGUUCCUGUUAAUUAUUGUAUAUUUCCGGUUAAUUCCUGUAUAUUUCCGUUAAUUCCCAUAUGUUCGUGUUAAUUCCUGUAUAUUUCCGUUAAUUCCCAUAUGUUCCCUUUAAUUAUUGUAUAUUUCCUUUAAUUCCCACAUGUUCACGUUCAUUCCUGUAUAUUUCCGUUAAUUCCCAUAUGUUUGCGUUCAUUCCUGUAUAUUUCCGUUAAAUCCCAUAUGUUCGUGUUAAUUCCUGUAUAUUUCCGUUAAUUCCCAUAUGUUCCCGUUAAUGCCUGUAUAUUUCUGUUAAUUCCUGUUUAUUUCCGUUAAUUCCUGUAUAUUUCCGUUAAUUUCUAUAUGUUCCCAUUAAUUCCUGUAUAUUUCCGUUAAUUCACAUAUGUUUGCAUUAAUUACUGUAUAUUUCCAUUAAUUCCCAUGGAAAGUUUCCAGCCUUGAAAUUCCUGGAAUUUUGCAACCCUACUUAUAACUUAGGGUUAUAUUUUUACAUUUUAACCAAUUUUCACAUGUUGAAUAACUGAAUCUUUUGGGUUUCAAUCUUUUGUUUUUUUCACCUUGAUCUCACUCUAGCCUUGUCCUUUAACACUGUAAGUUUUCUUAUAAAUGAUGCGAAUCUGAGAUGUUUUGUUUGAUGAAGUGCACACAUUAAUUCUUUCUGCCUCCAAAAAAAACACGUGUUUUAAAGGGACAACCCUUAAACUUCGGAUAGUUUUGCCCCCAUAUGUUAAUUGGCUCACAGCUUUCCCUCAGAUGCUGUACACCUUCACCCUGACAACUGUGAAUGUUUAUAUCCACUAUCCCAGAAUCCUCCAAGUGUGUUUGACUCCUAAGGAACUGAGACGAUUCAGUCCUGUGGGACAUUAAAGACCUGCAGAUGCCCCAUGAUUCCCGUGUGUCUUCAUCGACCAUCACGUGCGUCUGUGCAAAUCAAGCAUGCUGUCAGCCCCACGCGUGACACUGAGAGCAUGAAAUACAUCUCGCUGUCACUAUGGAAACACACGGCUGGGAGAAUCGUCUCCACACGCUCACUGUGAUGAUCACAAUCUCCAGGAUGAACAACUACACUGUUGACUACACUCAACUUAAACCAGCGUAAAGAUCACAACCUCCAACUCUUCCUCUUAUACUCUUCCUCAUGUACCGUUAACUCUAAAUGGCCCUUGAUUUAUUUUUUUCAUCCCAAAACCUCUGUUUAUGUAACCUUUUUAUGGUUGCCUUUUCAUUUUUUGUCACCUGUUUCCCUACAUGCUGUGUUUAUUUUGAUUUGUGUUUCAAUUGUAUAAUAAAUGCAAGAAAAAUUG